AUGCUCGAGCACUCCGUGGUGGCGGUUCAGCUAUCGUCUGUGGACGUUUCGCCGGCACUUGCCUCUCCGCAUGCCGGAGUGGGAAAGAAGGCGGGAAGCGGCGUUAGAAGCGAUGCAUCCCACGAGCCCGACCCCCCGACGACCCAGGUGGUGAGUUUAGCGAACCUCCCGAACGGUUUUCAGGUUUCGUGCUUUGGCUACAUCGAGAGCACGGAGCAGGAGCUGUUGGCAGGACAGAUUGCAAUUCGUUUACCGAUCAAACGAGAUGUCAUGGAGCUGGUGAUGACAAAAGGGAUCUCCACAGGGAUAUAUGGGGCCUCAGGGGCGCAAGCAAAGGGUGAUGCAGGCAAAGAAGGCCGCGUUGAAGCCUCAGGAACUUCCUCUGCAUCCCCACACGUACGCAUUUCAAUCGCGUUCUCUGAAGCUGUUCAGAGGGAAACUUGUUUUAUGGAGGGCUACCCAUGA